AUGGUCGAAAUGUCAGUGGCGAAUGAUGCGACGCGGGUGACGGACAAAGGGCCACCGGGGUCGGUGGGCCGUGGAGUUGUGGCCAGCAAUGGCACGAAAGCCGGUGGUGGUGCGAUGAUCCCGAACGGUAGUUCUGUCGGAGCAAACGGUAAACAAGUGAAGCGGAAGCAUUUUUUCGAAAAGUUCGGCACCCUGCUCAAGCAGCGAUCGGACGCGUUUCUGCUUCAAGUAAACAAACCCGUCCAACCGCACGGCGAAGAAUCGGACUCCCCGCCCGCCUCGACCCGGGGGCUAGGUGAUGCGGCGAAGGCUGGUUCUUCGGUUACCCCAGCAUCAUCAUCAUCAACAGCAGCCCAGUCGCCUCCGGUUACCGCCUGGGGAGCUCCGAAGACGAACGUCGCGAACGGAGUUCCAUCGGGCCGGGUUCAAUCAGUUGCAACCGAAAGUGAACUCGAUGUGCUAUACGAGAAGAUACUGCACGAAAUCAAACAGGGCAACAUUAUCGAUCGGCAGAAAAAGGUCACGGAAAAGACGCUCCAAUCGUACACCCAAGAAGUGUUCGGUUUCGACGACAACCGGCGUGCUCAGCUGGAGCAGCGUGUCGAAUCGAUGCUGGCUCAGGACAUCUAUCUACGGGUGGAGGUUUUGGAGGCGAAACUCAACAGCAAACCCCAAGUGGACGUCGUUCCCGAGCAGCUUCCGAAUGCGUUUGUGAUCGUGUACCUGCAGGAGAAGCCGCGCGAAACGCACCGAACGGCGACGAUCGCAAACACGCUCAAUCCGUCCUGGAAUCAACAGUUUCCGGUUGCCGUCAAACAGGACACGAAGGAAACACUGCUGAUCGAGGUGUACGACAGCUCCGGGAACCCGAGCAAACUGCAACGCUCGUUACGGAUCGCCCGGAAGUACCUGCUGUUCUUCUUCAAACCAGUGGCAUCGCAGUGCAAAAGGAUAGGCCGGGCAAGCAUCCCGUUGGAGUCGAUAACGUCCACGGGACUCGUCUCUUGGUACAACCUGUCCAAGAAGAGAAAACAGGACCCGCAGGGUACGAUCAAGGUGAAGUUCUUCUUCACCUCCAAGGUGCCGAAGGAAACGGCCAAGCGCGAGUACGAGCAGAUGCUGCGGCUGUUCCUCGAGUACGAGCUGCGCAGCUCGAGUGUCGCCCGCUACUGGUGGGCCGGCAAGCUCACGAACGAGGGCGAGUCGAUCCUGCAGCAGUACACCAAGUGUGCGAACCUGAACGCCAACGAGCAGACGCUGGUCGCCUGGUUCGUCUACACGCAGGUGCAUCCGACCUACUCGCUCUCGAUCGGCCUGCUGGAGGGUGUGCUGGAUAAGCUGAUCGCCUGCUACGACACCGUGCUGACCACGGACGAGGAGCGGGAGCGCUUCUGGGAGGGUACGCGCCGCCUGUUACCUUCCUGCCUCUCGAUCGUGGUGAAGAUGCGGCGACGGAUGGCCGGUGACAAGGAUAUCGUCAAGACGGUCAGCUCCGUGCUGCAUCUGCUCGCUAAGGCGGACCAGCUGGCGACCAAGAAGGGCGUGAACCUGUUCGACGAAGAAACCGUGAGGAACCUGAAGCGGGUGUCGCUCGACUGUACGAAACAUUCCACCAUGAAAAAAGCAACGGUCCUGGCGGUCCAGCUCGGGACAAAGACCUGGUUCGAGUCUUCACUGUCGACCGCGAUCGAGGGCAAUCAGACGAACGAGGACAAGCUGCGAUCGCUGAUCAAGUUCGUGUCGGUGCUCCAGGCGGAUCUGCUCCGGGCACAAACGUACUACGAUGGCGUGUUCAAGGACGUGAUGGGCAUCGAUUACAGCCGAGAGAUCUGCAACCAACACGAGGCCCGCAUCGUAUCACACUUCCGGCCGAUUGUGCAGACGAUCUGCAACGGGUUCAAGAAGCUAACGCUCCGCAUGGACCAGCUCGAGCGGCGCGCCGAGAUGGAGAGCCUCGACAUGAGCUCAACCGUGUUCGAGCUGUACCUAAUACUGAAGCUGUUUCUCCGACAGGCGGAUGAGGUCGUGCAGAAGGCGCACAACCCGGGCAUCCUCGAAUUUCACCAGUGGUUCCGCGGGGGCAUCGUGUACUAUCUGGACGUGUUCUCGAUCAAGACGUUCUCGCGGGUCGUGACCGUGCUCGAGGAGGAUGAUCUACGUAAGGUCGUGCCGGAUCGGAAGCAUUCGUCGUCCACCGGUGAAAUACUGGAGAUUGUGCAACAGAUUAAAAUCUUCUGGGACCAGCUGGACUGGCCGGAUAAGGAGGAAAUGAGAAAGUUUCUCAAGCGAAGCAUUGGUGAUAUCUGCAGUUGCUGCAUUUUCUAUGCCGACCGGCUGAUGUUGAAGGUGAAAACUUUGGACGGUACGACGACGAGUACCAUCAAGGGGGAACUCAACGGUGCCGAGCUAGACACGCUCACCCGUUCGCUUAUGGUUGUAUCGAAUGUGACCACACUCAUCGAAUGUCUGACCCGGCUACCGAAAGAACUCGGUUACAGCACGCCACGGACGAACGCUGGAAGCGAGGGCACAGCCUCGGAUAAUGUUUCUGGCACCCCAGGCCGUAAGACUUCAUUGCAGGAAAUUCUGGACGAGGAGAUGCUUCCAAUCGAUGGAUUGGGGCGUUGGCGUGAAAAGUGCGUCCGGUUUAUAGCUGACCACAUCGUGCAGACGAUGUGCCGACUGCUAGUGGGCAGUGCGGAUGUGUCGAUCUCUAUCGCAACGACCGCAGGCGGAACGGUGACUACCACCUCCACAGGCAACGGUGUUGGAGGUUUUUUUUCGAGCCGAACGUCUAAUGUGUCGGCAACGGAACAACUUCAGCGGCUAAAACACUGGAUCAUACAGUCAGCUGCGCUGGUUAAGGCUGAGCUGACCGAAGCGGAUCUGCACGCGGUCGAAAAGGAACUAUGGACGACGAUCGAGCCGACGUUGAAAGAGAUUAUCAAAAAACUAUUAGAGAAAAAGGAAUCCCUUGGUGCGUUCCAGCGACUACGCGACUGCUUCACGCUGCUGACCACACACUACUUCGGCACGCUCGGUGAUACGAUCGAGUCUUCGUCGAUCGCGGAACGGCUGGAUACCUUCAGCUGCACCACGGCCGAGCUCAUCCAUCGCUACUACCUGGAACGGUGCCGGCAGCAGGAAGCCCUGGAGGAGCCGGAAAAUGGGCUGCUGACCGUGCGCUGCUGGUUCCAGCCGGACGGCCUUCAUAUCAAGGUGCUGCGGGCAGAGCAGCUGCGGUUGCCGAAAGACUACAAGCACUCUUGCGAUAGCUACGUCAAGAUCAACGUCCUACCGCCCGAUCGUUUCGGACCGCCGGCGUUGCCCGAGCUGAAGACGAAAACCAAGUCGAAGAAUUUCUCCCCCACUUACAACGAAUCGUUCACACUGAAAAUCAAUCCAGUUCAACAUUCCGUCAAGGAUACACUUCUCAUGCUGAACGUGAAAGUGUCGGAGCUGCUUGGUCUGAACCAGAAACACAUCGGCGAGUGUUUCCUUCGCCUCGACGCCAUCCCGGUGGUGCGUGACGCCAGCGAAACACAUGAGAUUCCCUCCGUCACCAUUCCGCUCAGCCUUCCGUUCACGAUCGAGUCUUCGUCGGUAACCGCACUGGAAAACCGUAGCCAUGACAAAUCGGCCACACAGUUUCUGAAGAAACUGAAGCAAAAGAUGGGCAUCGCGCCAUACACCAUGAGUACGUUGAGUCUUUGAUGCUGAGCAACGCGACGAAAAGUUCACCAUACAUAAAUAAAAUUGUAAAUUGGUGCUUGA